UGCAGUGGGUAGAGGCCAGCAUGCCUAGACAGGCACAGCAUAGUUCGGCACAAGGGGUAAAUGUCCUGUAUCCUAUUAGAUGCCUGAAUAUAUGACUGGACACUCAUCCAAGCCUAGAACUUAUGUCUGCUUAAAUUAACUCACAGAAUGGCGGUGAAUGAUUUUAGUUUGACCUACCCUGGCAACCCCCGGCCAGGGGACUUGAUUGAAGUGUUUCGUCCUGGCUAUCAGCACUGGGCCCUGUACUUGGGUGAUGGUUACGUUAUCAACUUAACACCUCUGGAGGGUGGCAUUCCUGCAUCAUUUACAAGCGCCAAGUCUGUAUUCAGCAGAAAGGCCCUGGUGAAGAUGCAGCUCUUGAAGGAUGUUGCAGGCAAUGACACAUAUAGAAUAAACAAUAAAUAUGAUGAAACAUACUCCCCCCUCCCCAUGGAAGAAGUCAUGCAACGGUCAGAGUUUGUUAUCGGACAGGAGGUGGAGUAUGACGUACUGGUCAACAACUGUGAGCAUUUUGUGACUUUGCUUCGCUAUGGAGAAGGAGUUUCAGAGCAGAAACAAACGCCAACGAUGUUCUGGUCAUCAACUAAGUGUCAAAUACACUGGCUGGAUUCAGUAUGGACAGACCUCAGCACUAUAUCUCCCUGGAUGAAAUGAGAGAAAUACCGAUUCUCU